CAUCAUCGUUAUGUCUGCUUUCAUGUCUUCUAGUUUGCAUUCGUGUUUCUGACGUUCGCGCAUUUAUUGGUAAAAUUUGCGUGAUAUACUGUCGCUUCUCUGUAGUUGGGCUGUUUGUUUCUUGGUUGAAGAACGCACACACGCAACUUGUGUGGACUAACAGCGUUUAGCCAUGGCUGGCAUCAGCGAAGAGAGACGCAAAGAGAUGGAAGAGGAGAUGAGCCGGUUCGAGCAGGAGAUAUCCAUGCCCGAACCGGGGCACCCUGUUGGUGCCGAAGGUCCACCUCCAGCACCGAGGAUUCCUUCAGGACCUGCCCUCCAGAGGCCACCAAGGCUAGCACCCCCUCCGCCUCCACCUCCUCCAUUAGCAGGCCCUCCAAUGCCUCCCUCGGGUCCCCCGCCUCACAUGCAGUUCAUCCCUCACCAGCUACGUCACCUCCGUCCCCCACCGCCACCGCCACGUCCGCCCCCAAUGGCACCACCGCCACCCUUCAUCGGUGGUCCCCUCGUGCCCCCACCUCCCCCGCCACCUUCAUUCCUCGCACCAGCCAAUAUGGCAGCAGUGCGCCCUCUCCCCGGCCCCCCUGAACCGCCGCCACCUGUCAUGAUUCCCACCGCACACCUACAAGCGGCAGUGACUGUAGUGGCCGCACCACCGCCACCACCUCCUCACACGGCCGUUUCCAACAUCAUCGUUGCCGCGCCGGCCGUGUAUUCGGCACCACCCCUCAAGAAGAAUGCCGCAGCCGCUGUGCCAGUCGUGUCUGCCCCGGCUUUCGCAGCCGCUCCCGUCAACGCGAUUCCCGUGCCGGUCGGCUCAGCGGUGGACAGUAGCAAAGCCGAGACCCUAAAAGAGACCAAGUCCAAGUCGUCCAAACAGUCCUCCCACAAGUCGGAGAAACAGAAAUCGUCUGAUCGCUCAGCGGAGAAGUCGAGGGCCGCCGAUAAAUCCGCCGGCGGUGAAGAAGCGGGCUCCUCGAAGAAACGGAAGAAAGAGAAACGCCUGCUGCGCACAGCUGGACAGCAGACCUGGGAGGACAGCUCUCUCAAUGAGUGGGACACAGAUGACUUCAGAAUAUUCUGCGGAGAUCUUGGCAAUGACGUCACAGACGAGGUCCUAAUUAGGGUCUUUGGCAAGUUCCCGUCCUUCCUGAAGGCUAAAGUGGUUCGGGACAAGCGUACCAACAAGAGCAAAGGUUAUGGAUUCGCAAGCUUCAAGGACCCACAGGACUUCAUCAAGGCCAUGCGGGAGAUAAAUGGCAAGUACGUGGGCAGCCGUCCGAUCAAGCUGCGCAAGAGCACGUGGCGCGACCGCAACGUCGACAUGGUCCGGAAAAAGACCAAGGAGCGCGAGCGGCUGGGCCUCAUCUAGGCGCUCCUUCGUUGCUCCUGCUUCCGCCGCCGCCUCUUCUUCUCUGCAGUCCUGUUAUAUAUACGCUCGCUAUGCCUGUGCCUACGGGGGAGCAGCAGCUGACCGGAUACGAACUUCGCGGCAAACCAGGAGCAGCGGUGGAGAUUCGGAGGUGGUCCUUUUCUUCUGUACCAUAAGAACACUGUCCUUGUCCGUGCUUGUCAUUUUUUAAAAAUAAAUGUUCCUGAUAUGU